GCAAAUUUAUAAAAAAAAAAAGAACGGAAAUACAACAUGUACAUAAGUAUUCACAGCCUUUGCUCAAUACUUUGUUGAAGCACCUUUGGCAGCAAUUACAGCCUCAAGUCUUUUUGAGUAUGAUGCUACAAGCUUGGCACACCUAUUUCUGGGCAGUUUCUCCCAUUCUUCUUUGCAGGACCUCUCAAGCUCCAUCAGGUUGGAUGGGGAGCGUCGGUGCACAGCCAUUUUCAGAUCUCUCCAGAGAUGUUCAAUCGGGUUCAAGUCUGGGCUCUGGCUGGGCCACUCAAGGACAUUCACAGAGUUGUCCUGAAGCCACUCCUUUGUUAUCUUGGCUGUGUGCUUAGGGUCGUUGUCCUGUUGGAAGAUGAACCUUCACCCCAGUUUGAUGUCCAGAGCGCUCUGGAGCAGGUUUUCAUCAAGGAUGUCUCUGUAAUUGCUGCAUUCAUCUUUCCCUCGAUCCUGACUAGUCUCCCAGUUCCUGCCGCUGAAAAACAUCCCCACAGCAUGAUGCUGCCACCUCCAUGCUUCACUGUAGGGAUGGUAUUGGCAAGGUGAUGAGCGGUGCCUGGAUUCCUCCAGACAUGACGCUUGGCAUUCAGGCCAAAGAGUUCAAUCUUUGUUUCAUCAGACCAGAGAAUUUUGUUUCUCAUGGUCUGAGAGUCCUUCAGGUGCCUUUUGGCAAACUCCAGGCGGGCUGUCAUGUGCCUUUUACUGAGGAGUGACUUCCGUCUGGCCACUCUACCAUACAGGCCUGAUUGGUGGAGUGCUGCAGAGAUGGUUGUCCUUCUGGAAGGUUCUCCUCUCUUCACAGUGCAACGCUGGAGCUCUGUCAGAGUGACCAUCGGGUUCUUGGUCACCUCCCUGACUAAGGCCCUUCUCCCCCGAUCGCUCAGUUUGGCCGGGCGGCCAGCUCUAGGAAGAGUCCUGGUGGUUCCAAACUUCUUCCAUUGACGGAUGAUAGAGGCCACUGUGCUCAUUGGGACCUUCAAUGCUGCAGACAUUUUUCUGUACCCUUCCCCAGAUCUGUGCCUCGAUACGACCCUGUCUCGGAGGUCUACAGACAAUUCCUUGGACUUCAUGGCUUGGUUUGUGCUCUGACAUGCACUGUCAACUGUGGGACCUUAUAUAGACAGGACAUGACUCAGUCGUGGCCGUCACAGCAAGCCUUAGGGGGUGACCAGGCCCGACAAAUCCUCUACAACCCAAAGGACGUGAAACAAUCGACUACACAGCAAAGGCAAAGUCGGGGGGAUGUUCAGCAGCGAUUGACCCGUCACCCUCAUGUGGCACCUCACAAAUCCAUGCUCGCUGAUGACCUGAAGCUGAGCAGUGACGAUGAUGACACUCAGAGGGCCACUCACGAGUCAGCGCCCUGGGACAGACACAGCCUGUCAGCACAGCGAGCGCACACACAUGGCAGGCGGGUGAGACAUUCCAGCUCGGACUCCUCGGGCUCAGACUCCACCGUCGGGUCGGGCAGCAGCAGCCCUCGUUCCCGCAGCCCGAGCCCGGACGUUCACCCAGAUCCUGCCUCGCCGGCCAACGUGCAGCCGCCGUGCAACAGCAAGGAGACUGAUCACCCCGCUGCGGCCCAGUGGCAGUUGGACAAAUGGCUGAAGAAGUCCCACAAAAAAUCUGACAGCAGUGAACAGGAUCCGUCCCGGAGCGCUAGGAGACGCUUGCCCUCUCCCCACACCGAGCGUGCCCCAUCCCCAGCCAGGUCCUGGGACAGCAAUCAGGAAUACAGCCCCAGUCAAAGCCCUAUUCCCAGCCCACAGUUCAAUUACAGCCACAACAACACCCCUCUUCCCAGCCCUGGUUACAGCUACGGUCCGAGCCCCAGCCCCUUCACCAGCACCUGCCCCAGCCCCAGCCCGAGGCUCAGCUCCAUCCUCAGUCCAGCUCUAAGUGUUUGCCUCAGUCCGUGUGGAAGCCCGAGAGGCAGCCGCAGCCCGAGCCCCCUUCCUACACAUCCUCCGAGAAGCCCAAGUCCCAGCUUACCGUCUCCUUCAAGGCACCGACACUACCCUGAGAUUCAAACACAAACUGUCCAAACAACCAAUCCCCACAGGACAAAAGCUAGGUCGUGGAUCCCCCCGUUGCCUAACACCAAGAACAAGCCCACAAACGGUUCUCACCCUCAGGCGACUCAUCAGCACAGGCCCAGGACCCGACCAACGCACGACCAAGAGCCAAGCAAAUCGAAGGCCUCUGCUACAGUUUUAAACUCUGACCUGAAUCACAGCCAAAAAUCGAGACCCAAGUCUAACGUUCAUCCGGUUUCUAAACCGAUCUCAGAGGCUCCCAAAGCCAAACACACUUCACAUUUUGAGCAAAUCCAGGGCAGCGGGUCCAACCACAAGACCAGGCCUCCGUUUCAACAUGGCUCACAACUUAACCCCACUAGAGCAAAGCACUUAGCUCCUGCUAGUCGUGAAACCAACGCUGGCCACUGCUCUCAGUCGCAAUCUACCUCUAAAGCUGCUGCUAAUUCUGCCAGUGGGUCGAACUCGAGGGCUGGUCCGAGCCUGAAACCAAGGGCCAAGCCGUGGGUGGCCACAGUGCCGACACCUGUGCAUGUGAAUCACACAAAAGCGUCAAGGAAAAUAUACCAGACCAAAGAACAGGAGGUGGACCAGAGACGAGAUCAUCCAACACAAACAGAGGGGAGAAAACACGAGAGGAAAGAGGACAGACAUCGGGAAAAACCGAAAGGAAAAGGGGAGAGAAAGGAAGACAGGAGGCUGGCGGAGGAGCAGCUGCUGAGACGUCCCUGGAUCCAGAGUUCAGCAGAAGAAGAAGAGGAGGAAGAGGAGGAGGGAGUGAUAGAAAGGCAGAGGAGGAGAGAGGAGACAGCAAAAGGGGAAAACAGGAGGAAGGAGCAGCAACAUCGACGUGAAUGGCAAACAGUGCAGGUCAGACAGAGACCACCCACUGAAGCCAAGCAACACCGACCUAAGGACGACUCAAACCGCCAGGGGGCGACGAAAAAGGGUGGGAGAGCUGAGGAGGAGAGAGAGUUACAAGCGGACCUUUCACCUCCUCCGUCACGUUGCCCGACUCCCCAUCGCCGGUCCUCCUCAUCCUCUUCCUCACAUUCAGAUUCUGAAUCCGAACGUCCGAUCACCAAGGUUCCAGCUGACUCCACCUCCCACAAGAGACUCGCCAAGAGAGGGCAACAAGGCGCGGGCAGACCCGACGCCAACAGGCCCAAGGCAGCACCCCCCAGAGGUGCCACUGCUCAUCCAAGCGAGGGGCAGCAGAGCGAGGCCAGAAAAAAACUCUACACCCUAGUCCCGUUUGGGCGAGGUGACCAGGCUACGGUUUAUUCCCAGCGAGGGCUCAGAAACCUGGUGGUGCAGAUCGACCUCGGUCUUCUCAAACGGGUCCCGGACAGCACGAGUGGUCCCUCUGUUAAAAAACCCUCUUCCUCUCCUUCCACCUCCUUGUUAACCAAGGACAAACAAAGAGACACCAUGAAACACCUGUACACACCUGAGACUGUGACAAAAGACAGCAAAAGGAAACGCAAGUUGGAGAACGGUGUGUCACACAGAGAAGGCAAGAGGAGUCUUCCCCACGCCGGAGGAGACCUAUCGGAUCGCACAGAGCCCUUAGCUCACACAGCUGGGCGCAACUUUGUGACCGAGACCACACACAAUGGGUUCUUGGAGGAGUACUUAGACAGCAAGAGGCCACUGUCUCCCCUGUCUCCCCUGUCUCCACUGUCUCCACUGUCCAACAGCCCAGAGUCCACCAAACCUCCUCCCAAAACUAAGACUUCAGAGCAGCAUCACAGCCACAAGAACAGAGACAAGACCAGAGAUUCUGCUGUGAAGCCCAAGAUGGAGGUGGAAUGUGUUAAAGUGUCCAGACAGACCCAGCCCCCGUCUGAGUGCUGGGGCCCUGCAGGACACCAGGGGACCGUGACUAAAUAUGAAACUCCACACCAUGCUGAGUACUACUUACACGAAGCUAAAAGGAUGAAGCAUCGAGCCGACGCAAUGGUGGACAAACUGGGGAAAGCUGUGAACUACGUGGAUGCUGCUCUCUCCUUCAUGGAGUGUGGGAAAGCCAUGGAGGAAGGACCGCUGGAGGCAAAAUCUCCAUAUACCAUGUACUCGGAGACAGUGGAGCUCAUCAGGUACGCAAUGAGGCUGAAGAGCCACUCUGGCCCUGGGGCGAGACAGGAAGACAAACAGCUGGCGGUUCUGUGUUUCCGAUGCCUUGCCCUACUUUACUGGCAGAUGUUUCGGUUAAAGAAGGACCACGCUCUGAAAUACUCCAAAGUGCUGCUCGACUAUUUCAAGAGUUCUCCCAAAGUGCCUUCUACACCGCCCUGCUGGAAUGACUCUGGGAAGGGUGCAGAAGGAGCCCCUCCGUCACUCUCACCCAACGCCAAACACCUUGCACGGAGUUCACAUGGGGGCAGCACUUCCCCCACCUUCAUAAGCAUUCCCCAGCGUAUCCACCAGAUGGCAGCAAAUCAUCUUACCAUUACCAACAGUGUGCUGUACAGCUACGAGUACUGGGAGGUGGCCGACAACCUCGCACAGGAGAAUAAAGAGUUCUUCAAUUACUUGAAUACUUUAUCUGGGCCAUUGACUCUUCACAGUAGCAUUGCUCACACGGUCCAGUUCACCAGACAGGCUCUUCAGUGGAUUCGCAUCAGUGCCAAACUUAACUAAAAAAAGAGGGAUUUUACUUUCACCUGCUCGCUGGAUCUCCAGGCUUCAUUUACCGCAGAAGACACAACUCUAUGGAUCUCAGCUGUGCAGCUGACAGGACAACACUGACGCCUGCUGCGCUGUGUGAAAUGGAGUUGGAUUAAAAACUCAUGGAGCCGGACAUUUGUCAUCCUCAUAGGAUGUUGUGACGCUCACCGUCUGGGCCUUAUUGUGUGAAAAAGCCUACUUGAGGUGCGAAAUCACUGGAUUAUUCUGACGCGGUGUGUGUGCUGUGGAUUUAAAGUCUCUAUUCAUUUGCCAAACUUUUCUCGGAUCUUUAAGAACUCACAUUCGAAGCCUUUUUCAACCUUUGGAAUGAAUCGUUAUCCAGAGGAUUGUUUCUCUGGGGCCAAGACAGGAGAAUACGUUUUAAAAACCGAUCAAUCAUUCACCACUUUCUCCAAGAAAAACACUUGUCGGUGUAAAAGGCUCUUAAUUGUAAAAAACUUUUUUACUUUAAUGUGUUUUUACUGUGCAAUAUUUGAUGGAUGUCAGUUUUUAGAAAAAGAAGAGAAAAUACAAGAGAAUAAAAUGUUGGUGAGUUAAGUUACAGACUUUUAAAAGUUA